UUGAACUUGUUCAUCUGGAGGCAAACAUCGCCACGCGAAUGUUGUUUCAUUUAUUUUUCGCAUAAAAAUUAUAAAGCCACCCAAUCUAUAUCGUAAAUUGUACAAAACAUGUCGCAUUUGGUGAAAAUGGAAAAUGGCCAAAGCCAAACAAUCCAGGAAAUGUUGGGCUGCAUCGAACGCUACAAUCCGGAUCAUUUGAAAAUACUGGAAUCAUAUGUCCAGGAUCAGGCCAAGAACAAUAGCUACGAUCUGGAAGCGAAUCUGGCCGUACUCAAGUUGUAUCAGUUCAACCCGCAUAUGCUAAAUUUUGACAUUACUUACACGAUUCUGUUGAAAUCGCUCACGAAUUUGCCGCACACCGAUUUUGUGAUGGCAAAGUGCUUGUUGCUGCCCCAGCAGAUGAAGGACGAGAACGUGCAGACAAUUAUCGAUUUGGCUGAUAUAUUGGAACGCGCCGAUUUCACAUUGUUUUGGCAGCGAGCCGAAGUGAAUCGCACCAUGUUUCGGCAUAUUGCCGGUUUCCAUGAUUCCAUCCGCAAAUUUGUCUCACAUGUUGUGGGCACCACGUUCCAGACGAUCAAAAAGGAUCUGUUGAAGGAGUUGCUCGGCGGCAUUGAGGACUCAACGCUGGAAAGUUGGAUUAAACGCAAUGGUUGGAAGCAUCAGGGACACGAUUUGGUAGUUGUGGCCACGCAAGACGAUAAAAUCAAGACCAAAAACAUUACGGAGAAGAUCGAAUUCGAAAAUGUGGGUGCACUGAUGGCGCAAUGUCUCUAAGCUAAGGUUUAAAUUUGCAUUAAACAAUAAUUUUACAAGUGAAUGUCAUCGCAGGCCAAUAAAAUCGAUAUGUCGAUAGGCACUCAUUGCGAAUGCAA